UCGCGUAAAUUAGAACCGAUUGUACCAGCCAUUGGCGUUAGCUACGUAGGCAUACAUCUUGUGGAAGCUGUCGCCCGCCACUACAAUGUUGUCGCGUAUGAGCUUAGCACCAAGCACCUCCUCGAUGGUCUUUCUAUCGAGUUCACCUCUAACGCAUCGGACUUGAGUCGAGCAUCGCACUUUCCCAUCGCCAUCCCAACCCUGCUCAACGAGGACAAAACGAUCGACACGGCA